AGAAGAGAAAAGUCCCCUCUGGGUUUCCGUACCUUACGAAAGGUUAGCUAGCUUACGUUUUAACUUCAUGAGUCGGCGUGCUGACAUUGAGGACAGCUACAACAACCUGUACUUGUUAUCGCUUCCUAAAAUAAAAGACUUCCUGUCCCUGGUCCCUGUAGGAUCCUCACCAUGGUGUCCGGAAAGCGCCUGGCUGACAUCGGCUAUCGGACGUUUUCCGCCUCGAUGAUGCUGCUGACGGCCUACGGAGGCUACCUGUGUGCGAUGCGAGGCUACCGCUUCGUGCAGAAGCAGAAGCAGAUGAAGCUGGCAGCAGAAAACCAGGACCCUGAAGUCAUGAAAGACUGACGGGGAGGGAGGACUAUUAGAGUUUUUCCACAGAUGUGGACAUUUCCCAUUCCUCCAUUGUUUUUUUGUCCGUCGCUAAACAGUGAAGAUGUUAAUUCUUCUCAGGACAUUUAAGUGAAUUCAUUGUGAGGGUGUGCCCACAGCCCACACAAGGAAAACUCCACCAGGCACAUGAACAAAUAACACAUUGUUUGUGUCAGUGGCCUGUGUAAAAUCCAUGUUGUGAGAGUCUCAGGAGAGAAGAUGGCUGUAAUUGUUUGUAUUAUAUUAAAUGCCUUUAACCACACAAA